ACAUUCUAUUCAAUUAAACUAACUUAUUAAUUUUAAUUUUAAAUAUAAAAACUUCAUAUUUUUAUUAUUUGCACUAAUAUCUCUAUCUGUGUAAUAAUGUAAACAUAGUAUCGAAUUUGACAUUCUCCCUGAAUAAAGAUCGACAUCACUGAUUCUGUCUGCUGCUACUGCUUCUAGAGUUUGACAUCAAACCGUGAAUAUUGCUGGUUAGUUAGUUCUCAUUACAAGUGUAAUUUAAUUAAAGGUAAAGCAAUAGCAAAUUUGGUCUGACAUGGAUCCAGCAAAUUCUGAUGAAGACAAUCAUGAUUCAACCGACUCAACAUCGCUGCCAACGAAUGAUGUAAAAGUGGAAAAGUCAUCAGCAAAUAGUGAGAAAGCUAUCAGAUUACGAGCAAAACCUGAUAUUCCUGUAAUGUUUUCUGACAGUGAAGAUUCAUUUGAUGGUUACUAUUCUAAAAAGAGAAAAAACGAUUCAGAAAGUGAAGAUGAUUGGGCACCCAAAAAAGGUAAAGCUGCCUCACCCAAGAAGAAAGUAAAAACAGAAAAACCGCCCAGAAAGCCUAGAAAACAGAGAGAGUCAAAAUCAAAAACACCAAAAGAACCUAAGCCCAAGAAGGAGAAAGGAACGCCCAAACCGAGGAAGCCGAGAGGAAAGAAAGCAAAAGAGGUGAAAGAGGAGAACUCGAAUGAUGCAUCAGACUUAAAUGAUGAACCAGACCCGCCCCCUGAGAAGAAAACGGAGGAGGAAGUGGACGGAGAAGGUGAUGUUGAUGGUGAUAACGACACAGCUGAGGAGAGCAACCCACCGUCGGCCGAGUACAGUGUGCCCAAACCAGCAUGGGAACAAGGCGAGCUGCUGUCAGAGAUGAUCAGUGUUGAGAGGAGGAUAGCGGAAAAUAUUGUGAAACUUUUCGAGAACGAGAACACAAUACCAUUCAUCGCCAGAUACAGGAGGGACAUGACUGGGGAUAUGAGUCCAGAGGAUCUGAGGAAGGCAAAGGAUGCAUUUGAAACAAUAAAAUCCAUUCAAGCAAAAUCAACGUCAAUUUUAAAAGCCAUCAACAAGAUUGGUAAACUGAAUAAUCACUUGGAGCGUUGUAUUGUCGGUGCAAGAAGCAUCGUAGAAUUGGAACACUUGUACGCACCGUACAAGGCUGGUGGAAAGCGCACCAAGGCAGAUGCUGCGCGACAACUGGGUCUGGAGCCUGCAGCAAUGACCCUGCUGGAGGGAACGGAUUACAUGGCACUGGAGCCUCUAGUCAGGGAGGACACUCCGGGUCGUGAGACCAUCUGGGAAGUGGAAGCGAACAUUUCGUACAUCAUCGCUGAUGUCAUCAGUAAGGACAAAGAUGUCCUGGAUCAUCUGAGAAGCCUGCAGCAGAAUGCAGGAAACAUUAGAAUUGAGAGCGCCAUGUCAAAAACAGCCAAAAGCAGUGGUAAAGAAAAAACCAACCCUAAAAAAGACACCAAGCCAGAAAAUCUUGCACAAAAGAAGGGAGUAGAAGAGGGAAAAUAUGAGUUGUAUUAUAAUUUUUCCGUUCCGGUCAGACAUGUGAAACCACAUCAGGUGCUCGCAAUCAAUCGUGGAGAGAGCCAGAAAGUGCUCUCUGUAAAGAUUGCAGUUCCAGACUGGCUGAUAAACAAACUACACGAUUUCUGCAAGUAUCGGUGGCUUAGGACCGGGUAUGAAUAUCCUCUUAGGCUACAUUUCUUUGAGAAAAGCUUCAAGGACGCUUAUACCAGACUGAUACAUCCACUAAUCGCCAGGCAAGUUCGGUCAAAACUAAAUCAGGAAGCUGAACGGGCAGCUAUUGACGUGUUUGCUACAAACCUAAAGAAGCUUCUCCUCACACCACCGUUACGUGGAACUCCGAUCCUCAGCAUAGAUCCUGGUUUCAGCAAUGGCUGUAAGGCUGCUGUCAUUUCAUCUACAGGAACUGUUCUAGCAGCUGAAGUUCUCCAUAUAAACUUCAAACCUGUCAAGUUCAGGCCACCACCUGAGGAUCCUGUCGCUGUUAGACUGAAGCAGCUUUUGUCCACCCACAGCUGUGAGCUGAUCGGGAUAGGCAACGGCAAAGGUUGUCGGGAGACAGAGGAGUACCUAAGUCAGCUGAUACAGUCCGGCUGGUUCCAACCGAUGGAUGUCCAGUACACGAUAGUCAGCGAACAAGGGGCUUCCAUAUACAGCUGUAGCAGUGAGGCAAUCCAAGAGUUCCCCAAACUGGACCGGAACCUCAUCAGUGCAGUGUCGCUGGCCCGUCGUGUUCAAGAUCCACUGUCCGAGAUGGUGAAAGUGGAACCCAAGCACCUGGGAGUGGGCAUGUACCAGCACGAUGUGCCCGAGAAACAGCUCAAUGCUACUCUCGAUGAGGUGGUCUCAGAGUGUGUCAGCUUUGUGGGAGUGGACAUCAACACAGCCUCUUUGUCUGUCCUCAGGAAGAUCGCUGGCCUGAACCAGUCCCGAGCCGGAAAGAUUCUGGAGUGGAGGGAAUGUAACGGGCAGUUCACCAACAGACAGCAGUUACGGCUGGUCAAGGGGAUCGGAGACAAGACGUACGAACAGUGCGCGGGCUUCGUGCGAGUGGUUCCUCAGACUGCACAGGCUGGCAGUUCAAGUCAACAAGGGAAGAGGCAGCAGUUGCCUAAGAAGCAAAGCACGAGUGUGGAAACAGACUUCAACCCCUUGGAUCAGACAUGGAUUCACCCUGAGUCUUACAGUACAGCGUACAGGUUUAUUAAAAAAUGUGGUGUAGAUCUGAAAAAUCUUGGAACUCCCCACUUUAUUGCAAACGUGGAGAGGACAGUGAGAGAAAAUGGACUAACUGCUCUGAGCCAAGAGCUAUCGACGACUGAGGCAGUUGUGCGUCUGAUCGCAGAAGGUCUCAAGAACCCUCUGGACCAUGAUAUACGCUCGGAGCUCAGCAAGCCGCUGUUUCGUCGCGGAGUUACAUCACUGGAAGACCUCAAGAUUGGAAUCAUCCUUACAGGUAGGGUACAGAAUGUUACACAUUUUGGCACAUUUGUGGACAUCGGAGUGGGAAUAAACGGGUUGAUACCUGCAAGCAGAUUGAGGAAUGUGACUCCGCAGCUGGGAGACCGCAUCGAAGUGCGAGUCUUCAAUCUUGAGCCUGAACGCAAGCGGAUUGGCCUGGAUCUCGUCAAGAUACUGUAGAGUCCACCAGCAAGUCGCGUAUAUGCUGCAGCGCACGCUCCAACUUGUGUGCUUGGAAUCUCAUAUUGUAUACCAACCAGUGUUUAGUAUAAAUAAAUAUUUUUUGGUGAAUCAUUAACGUAACCAGAUGACCGGACUAAGUAGUGGAAAUUAACGAAUGGCUUGGUGAAAAUGAAAUCGGGUAGGGUACUAUAAACAGACCCGGUUUUUUAUAUCGAAGAAUGUAAUCAUCGAUACCUACCUAAUAUUUGCAUAUCAAAUCCUAGACUAUCAAUCGAUAUAAAAGUAUCUAUAAUCCUCAAUAACAAUCAUAUGUUUUAAAUUAAAAUAUGAAUUUAAUAAUUGCAGUGAUCAAACAAAUUAUUAUAACCAAAAUUAGGAAAACUGAAGACGUAUUUGCUCAUCUCACAGUUACAGCUGUUUCUUUCCCACAAAUUUCACGUAAUAGGUUUUUCGGUAUGAUUCCAACAUGCUGAAGCCACGAAAAACAUGUCUUAUCAACUUUCAAAGCAAUGUUGUGUAGUUUUCUAAAAUUUACUGCCUUUUUUAAUAAUCAAAUAACAAUAGGUAACAACCUAUGUAGAAUUGAAAUAUUACCCUACGUGUAUUAUUUAAAAGUGUUUACAGCUGUUGAUAUAGAUUAUUUAAAUUAAUUGUUUAAAAUAAUUAAUCAGUAUCGAUUGAUUAUAUCGAUGGUUAUGAUUAAGUAAUAUCGUUUGCCAAAUUUCGAUAUAAAAACCGGGCCCGCUUAUCAUACCCUACCCAUGAAAUCUAUCGUGGGGACAUUGAUUACUCUAGGUUCUAAUCAUUAAUACAAUGGUAUUUUAUUAUGGUAUUUCCAAUGAAUUCUUCGAUUGUAAUAUUGUGCGGUUUCUAAAGAUAAACAAUUUAGUCUAAUAUUAUUUUUUAAAUAGUUAAUUUAUUAUUCAUAAAACUGUUAGCCUUCAACAAAUGACCAGCAAACACAAACUGGCUUUACAACUUUAUUUUAUGUUGUAAGACCAAGUGCUAGAUAAGGUAAGAAUCAGAUUCGGUUUGUAGUUCCUUUUAGUUUUCAUAGAUUUGUUUACCAUGGUCUUUAAGGAAUAAUAAGCUAUAUAAAUUGUUAAAAAUAAACAUUCCCUAUACAAAAUUUAUGUAUGUAUAGGCUACCUAUUGAUUAGCAAUUAAUUACAGACUUAUUGUAGGAUCUCGUUCAGCAACCAAUCAUAUUAAUGUUUAAGAUAUUUCUGUUUCUUAUAAUCGUUUUAAUAUAAUACUAUUUAAUAAUAUACAACAUAUUUACAAAAGUUAGAUGUUAAAACUCUUGUUAUUUGUGAAAAAUUAUGUAAUUAAAAUAUACUGAUGGUUACAUUUUGUGUAUAGAUAAAAUAUUUUCAAAGUA